AUGGACGACGACGAUGGCCGCGAAUCGUUUGACAUCAACGAUGUCGACCUGGAGUACGCGAUGAAUCCAGGCGGUCGACGACGUUUUCAGAAUAAGGACCAGGCCAUUUAUGGUGGGGUGAGAGCAUUGGGAUUAUAUUACCUUUCUAUACUUUUCAACCCGUUCAUUCACGUUUUCCACUCAUUUUUACCCGAAAAACCGUCUAUUUUCAGGAGUGUGGGCGCCGGAACGAGAUUCCGACGACGAUGAUCAACCGGGUUCCAGCCGGGGUGGUCCCUCCAGGUUCGACCCCUUCUUUGUGGAGAUUUUAUGAUUUUUUUUUGCAGUAAAAAGGGAAAGUACACAAUGCCGGUGGGAUUUGUGAGCGGCGGAGUGCAGACGAACACCAAAAUUGAUAAGGAUGAUCCGGUUUGUUGAGGGGAAAUGGAAAACAUUCGAAAAUCUUGCAAAAAGUGCAUUUUUCUCCAGGAAUCGCUAAACUUGGGAACAUAUUCGUCAAAGACGAAAAACGACGAGGAAGACGCGGCGAUUGAGAUAAAUUUCGAUCGGAGAGCCAAAAAACAGCAAAAACAGGAGGGAGCGCAGGUUUUUGCAGGUAAUUUUCAUCAAAUUUACAAUUUUUGCAAAAUUCCUUAAAACCCCUUUUUCAUAAAAAUAAUUCCCAAAUUAUCUUGAAGCCUUACCAAAAUUACCGCUUUUCUCCAUUUUCUACCUUGAUUUUCCCCCUUCAUUUGCAGGAAUGCGCUCGUCGGCCACGUCGGGAGCGGUGGAUCCGAGCCAGUUUGGCGGAUGGAUGAAGCACGGAAAUUCGGACAAAAUCAUGAAAAUGAUGCAGAAAAUGGGCUACAAAGCGGGCGAAGGACUCGGAGCACAGGGCCAGGGAAUCGUGGAGCCGGUGCAGGCGGCCCUCCGGAAGGGAAGAGGGGCCGUCGGCGCGUACGGAAAGGAAAUGACCGGACCCAAGUUCGGCGAGUCCGCUGCCGACGCACAGAAGAGGUUAGGGCUGAAAAUUGGGGAAACAUGGAUCAAUAUCUCGUGGUUCCUUUCGCACGCAUCUUAGCUGUUUGGAUAUCUGAAUGAAGAAGCUGCCCCACUUGCAAUUAUUCGAUCGCGUCCAAACUUUGCUGGCUUCUUGCAAUUGGAUUGAAGUAUCCUGGAUCCAAGUUUCGGCCCGAACCGAUUAUCCGGUCCCGAGAUAUACUAGUUUGCCGAGUUUUUGCGAAAACUGCCGCCCUUUCGGCCUCUUUUCCACUUAUCUCGGGACCAGGUGAUCCGAUCGGUCUGAACCUGGAUCCCAGAAUAUCUAAUUCAAGUCCAAGAAUAUUGCAGAAUUUGGAAAAAUCGAAUCCUUUUAACAAUUUGACUAACAACUUGCAGAUUGGCGACGGGAAGUGGUAUUCCAGGUGGCGACAAUGAUGAAAAUGCGGAAAAAACUAUAAAAAUCAAGGGCGGAUGGAAGAAAUCGCAAAAAGUGAAGACCAAGUACCGUACGAUCGAGGAGGUGCUCGAGGAGGGCACUUCCGGCUCGAAAACAAUGCCCUCGCAUCAGAAUUCGGCGCAUUAUUCCAACAUUAAAGUGAUCGAUAUGACGGGAAAACAGCAAAAAGUCUACUCGGGGUACGACUCGUUCUCGAUGAAAACCCGCUCCGAGUACGAUGUGGUCGACGAGGAGGAACGGACCGUUUUCGACGUUCCCGAGCUGAUCCACAAUCUGAACCUGCUGGUGGACCUGACGGAAGAGGGCAUCCGACGGAGCAACCAGCAACUGAUCGGGCUCAAAGACCAGACGACCGCCAUGGAGUACGACCUGCAGCAGGCGGAGAAGGCACUCGACGCGGAGGAGCACGAGGCACAGCAUUUGAACGAGGUCUAUUCCAUACUUCAAGGGUUAGUUUGGGAAUAUUCUGGCAAAAGUUGGCGAUUUCUACAUGUUCCCAUUCCAGAUUCUCAUCGAACAACUCGCCGAGCAUGUCCGAGUGCCAGCAACUGUUCCGUCGUCUCCGCUCGGAAUUCGGCCACGAAUACCAGUUAUAUUCGCUCGAGUCGGUGGCCAUUCCUACCGUACUCCCCCUUGUUCAACGCCACUUCGCCACGUGGACACCGUUGAAACAAAAGGAUUACGGUUGCGAUUUGGUUGCCGAAUGGCGAGAGAUUCUCGAGAAUUCCACAGGCAAAAUGACAUUCGGACACAAUAAAAUGGGCGACGAGAUUGCGGCGUACGACCGGCUCAUCUGGGAGGGAGUAGUGCCGUCGGUGCGGCGGUGCUGUCUCCAAUGGGACCCCCGCUCGGAAAUGAACGAAAUGCUCGAGCUGAUCGAGCAAUGGACGCCCCUGCUGCCGAUUUGGAUCAAGGAGAACAUACUCGAGCAGCUCGUCAUCCCCAAAAUAUCGGAAAAAGUGAGCGACUGGGAUCCGGUCACCGACGAAAUGCCCAUCCAUCAAUGGCUGUGUCCCUGGCUCGUCGUUCUCGGCGAUCGCAUUCAGGUACGCUAAUUUCAGGGAUUACACAAUUGUUUCCAUUUCAUUUUCAGGCGGUGAUGCCCCCGAUCCGUCAGAAACUGGCGAAAGCCCUGAAACAGUGGGAUCCGAUGGACGGAAGUGCGCUGGAAGUGCUGCGACCGUGGCGGAACGUCUGGAGUCCGGGCACUUUUGGCGCAUUCAUCGGCCAGAAUGUGAUUCCGAAACUGGGCGCGGCACUCGAGAACAUGGAACUGAAUCCGGGCAAGAACCCCGAUUAUCCGCAGUGGACGGCCGUCAUGCAGUGGCUGGAGAUGGCGCAUCCCGACGCGAUCGCCAAUAUAGUCACCAAAUACUUCUUUCCCAGGGUAAGUUUUGGCGAUUUUUUCCCAUCUUCUCCUCAUCUUUUUGCAGUUCUACGCGGCAUUCUGCCAAUGGCUCGACAGUCCAGGCGUGAAUUACGCGGAGGUGAAAAUGUGGUACGCGGCGUGGAAAAAUCGAAUACCCGAAGUGAUCGCCAGUUAUCCGACUGUCAAUGGUACGCCAUUCUUGUGGUUCUUUUUUGAAUCCCGUCUUUUUCUCCAGAAAAUCUGCGCCGCGCUAUGAUCGCCCUCGGCUGUUCGAUGCGUGGCGAGAAAGUGAGUGGAAUGGCUUCUUCGGUGGCCCCGCCCACUUCUGGUGCCCAAUUGGCUCCGCCGCCUCCGCCGAUGAGUGCUCCGCAACAACAGUUAUCACUCAAGGACAUUAUCGAAAUCACGGCCGCCCGCAAUGGAUUCACGUAUCAUCCGCAGAAGGAUCGAUUCAAAGACGGCAGACAGGUAGGGGAGAAGAUUGGGAAAACCUUGGAGAAUCUUACUGUUUUUGCAGGUGUUCUGGUUCGGCGCCGUGUCGAUCUACAUCGAUUCGGGCAUGAUCUACGUGAUGGACCCGGUGGAGUUCAUCUGGAGACCGUCCGGAAUCGACGAGCUCUGUCGGCUGGCUCAAGGAGCUCAGGGAUGA